GACCGAUUAGCUGUGAAGUCACUUUGGCCGGAGAAUGAAGGAGUCACUUCUAUCCCCUACAAGAUCAACGGUGAUCUGGUGGACAGAAAGGAAACUAUGCUAGCAGCGUUCAAGAUGAUUUCAGACCAGACGUGUAUCCUCUUCCACGAAUACACCAAUGAGAUUAACUACAUAGAGUUCAUCUCUGGGACAGGCUGUGCGUCGUAUGUAGGUUUUCAGGGCGGGGCCCAGCCUCUGUACUUCGGUAGAGCCUGUAACGUGGGGAACCUGUGUCAUGAGCUGAUGCAUGCCCUGGGCCUGCACCACGAGCACACACGGCCAGACCGUGACCAAUACAUCACCAUACAGUGGGACAACGUGGUCUCAGGAAAAGAAGAUAACUUUAAGGUGAAGGAAGGAGACACUCAGGAUCUGGCCUAUGACUACGACUCCAUAAUGCACUACGGAACUUAUUACUUCUCAUCAAACCAGAACCCCACUAUUGACUCCAAGAAGAGUGGAGUCCAGAUUGGACAGAGAAAUCACCUGAGCCCCUGGACAUAGCACGCCUUAACAAACUCUAUCAAUGUGAAUAACAAUGCACAGUUUAGCAUUUAUUACACCAUCGAAGAAGAUUCCAACACCACUGCUGCCGACUGAUUCCAACACACAUGGCACUGACAUCCUAACUUCUCUUCACAACAAUGAAUAAGUUGGACAAGUCCCUUAAAGCUUUCUGAUGUAUUAUACGUGUGGCUGACUGCAGGCAGUGGUUUUAUUUCUCCUGUGUACUCUUGCUGCCUUGAAUUAGGCCUAUACCACUGCACUUGUCUUGGAAAUAAAUAAAAUGACCUAGA